UGGAAGCGUAGUUCCCAGAGCGAAGGUUGUGCUACAGGGCAUAGGUUUCUCCUUCCUAGUGUGAAUCUGUGGUACGCGGUCGCCGUUACUCCAUAUUCAGCGUCUCGGAGUCACUACACACCUAAAAUCCCAGCACCCGGGCCUCCGCCCCCAGUAAAUCCAGACGUCGCAGAUACAGGUCGGGCCUCCCGUUCGUAGUUAGCCUUUCCCCUCACCCUGCAUUUGGGGACAUGAAGUCGACCAGCCCUGUGACACCCCGUGUUCUUCAGUCCAAAAUUCCACCCGAUGGAAGGUUGGUGUCUUCCUGUAGGCGGGCAUCUUAUUCAGUCGCCAUCCCUGUAAAUACGUGGCCAAGGCGAUCAGGAGAGCAGAGAGAGUGAGAGAGGGAAACAGAAAAACUGAGGCAAACGAAUGAGGGAGCAUCGAAAGGAACAUAGAGGAUGGCUGAGCGACUUGUAAAUAGACUAAAAUGAAAGCGAUUAUGCCUUGAAAGGAGUAGGUGAAUGACAUAGAGAAGUAAAUAUAAAGCUAGAUCUCUAAAGAUUGGAGAGCAACGUAGAGAGAGGGGCUCUGGAUCAGCGGGAUAGGAUAAAAGAUGGAACAAUGGCCUUCAGAGCAUCAUGGUACUGGGAGAAUAUGAGGACAAAGGAUGACAGGAAGCACAGAUGAAGAGGGAGAACAGGAAAGAAGCACAGCCACCUGGGGAGCCUGAAAGUGGGAAGGAAGGGAGUGUAACAGGGAUAGAAAGUGUGUAACCCAGAGGGCAGAGAGGGAGCAGAGGUGGGGAAAAAAAGAGGCAGAAAAACAUAGACAUUUAGGACAGUCAGGAUGGAGAGAAAGAAGAACAAGAGGUGAACAGGUUGCAGAGUGGGGCAGGACAGGUGAGGGAAGAAAUAGGAGGGCAGGAAGAGCAGGAGAGCAGAGGGGAAGAAAAAGAAAGAAAGAAGUAGGGAGACGAGUAAACAGAAUGAAAUGGAAACUCAUAGUAGUGCAGGUAGAGGGGGGAAACUGGAUGAAGUCACAGUGUAUUCCUCGUGUGUACAGCAUUUUUAUUCAUCAGUUUAUAUCAAUAAAGCUGGAAAAGAAAAAGUGGGAGAUGUGCUGGGCUUGCUUCCUGUGAGUGGUGCUCAGUCCAGGAUUCACAUUAGAUUGAUGAGGUAUUUUGCAUAUACGUGUUUUCUACCCCCUGACCAGAAAUUUCCCUUCAUACAGUCGGUGUGAUGUCCAACCUCAGCAGUCUUUAACGUGCCGGAAGUGAUUGCAAUUUGGAUCCAUCAUUAGGCAUCAUGACUCUGAGUCCCCCCAUUCCUGAGGGCUGAGAUCUGGGCUGCGGGUGAGGGGCUCUGCUCUGCAUGGGGAUGGAUCAGGACCUGGUCUGUGACCUGAAGGGGGAUUGUGGGUCCAGAUGAGGUGCCCGCUGCUGCUGUGUUCGUGAGGGUCUCAUGGGGAGGGAGUGAGAUCUCAUGGAAAGGGUGGGAAGACUACCCUGUUGGUCUCUGUGGGGGAGUUUACUGUCCUGAGUCCCUCCUGUGACAGUGGGCAGCAGAGGACUGUCUGUUCCACGUGGUGAGGUCUUCCCUGUGUGUGUGGUUGUGGCACAGGAAGGGGAUAUAUGGAUUCUAAGCAUUAAGCAGCAUAUUUUCGCCUUUCAAGAACAACCUCUAAAGACUCACGCUGUCUGAGGAAGAAGCCCUGAAGAGGAGGAAGGGAAAAGAAAAAGAGUCACUUAUGGCUCUUUCUCAGGGACUGUUAACAUUCAAAGAUGUGGCCAUAGAAUUCUCUCAGGAGGAGUGGGAAUGCCUGGACCCUGCUCAGAGGGCCUUGUACAGGGAUGUGAUGCUGGAGACCUACAGGAACCUGCUCUCCCUGGAUAUCUCUUAUAUACAUGUAAUCAAGAAAUUACAACUGAAAGCAAAUACCGAUAGAGGAGAAGUAUUCCGAACACUGAAGUUGGAAAGACAUGAAAGGAGUGAAAUGAAACAUUUUUACCUCAGGAAUGUUCAGGAAAAUAUAUAUGACUUUGUGUUUCAGAGGAGAGAUGAGGAAAGUCAUUACAAACGAAAACCUACAACCCAUGACGAAAAUCUCACCGAGAAGAGAGAUCAACAUGUUAGAAGUGUUGCAAGAAUCAAGCCUAUUGAAAAUAGGCCGGCAUUAAGCUUUUGGGUUGAUCUGCAUACUGAUAAGGAUAUCAGGAGUAGUGCCUCAUUUUCACCACUUGAAGGAACUUUUAGUGUGGAAACCAUUUCUAAUACAUAUGCAAGUGGUUUUAUGCAUCCUUCAGUGGUGACACAAGGACAGAAAUCACGCAGAGUAAGCUCUUACAAAUGUAAUCUGUGUGGCAAAACCUUCCUUAAGGGAUCAUACCUCCAAAGGCAUGAAGUCAUCCAUACAGGAGGGAAAGUUCAUAAAUGUGAUGUAUGUGAAAAAAUCUUUACUCACAAUUCAUAUCUUGCAAAGCAUCAGAGAAUUCAUACUAGAGAGAAACCUUACAAAUGUGUUGAGUGUGGCAAGCUCUUUCGUAUAAAAGCACACCUUACAAGUCAUCAGAGAACUCAUACUGGACAGAAACCUUAUGAAUGUAUUAAGUGUGGCAAGCUCUUCAGUGAAAAAAAAAACCUGACAAGACAUCAGAGAACUCAUACUGGAGAGAAACCUUACAGAUGUAAUGAGUGUGGGAAAAGCUUUCAUUACAGCUCAAAACUUGAAAGAUGUCAGUUUCUCCAUGCAGAAGAGAAAUUACAUAAAUGUGAUGUGUGUGAAAAUGUCUUUUCUCGAAAUUCAUCACUUGCAAGAUAUCAGAAAAGUCAUACUGGCGAGAGACUUUAUAAAUGUAAUGAGUGUGAUAAAUUCUUUAAUCAAAAGGCAUACCUUACAAAGCAUCAGAGAGUUCAUAACGAAGAGAAGUCUUACAAAUGUAAUGUGUGUGGCAAGGUCUUCAGUCGAAAUUUAAAUCUUGAAAUUCAUCAGAGAAUUCAUACUGGAGAGAAACCUUACAAAUGUAAUGAAUGUGGCAGGUUCUUUUCUCAAAAGGCAAACCUUGGAAAGCAUCAGAGAGUUCAUACUGGAGAGAAAUCUUACAAAUGUUAUGAGUGUGGGAAAAUCUUUAAUUACAGCUCAAAACUUGGAAGACAUCAGUUUUUUCAUACAGAAGAGAAAUUACAUAAAUGUGUUGUGUGUGAAAAUGUCUUUUCUCAAAAUUCAUUACUUGGAAGAUACGAGAGAAAUCAUACUGGGGAGAAACCUUAUAAAUGUAUUGAGUGUGGUAAGUUUUUUAGUCGAAAAGCACAUCUUAAAAGUCAUAAGGGAACUCAUACUGGAGAGAAACCUUACAAAUGUAAUAAGUGUAGCAAGCUCUUUAGUCGAAAAAGUAACCUAACAAGACAUCAGAGAAUUCAUACGGGAGAGAAACCUUACAAGUGUAUUGGGUGUGGUAAGUUCUUUAGUCGAAAAUCACACCUUAUAAGACACCAGACAGUUCAUACUGGAGAGAAUCAUUACAAAUGCAAUGAUUGUGCCAGGGUCUUUAGUGAAAGAUCCCAACUUGUAAGUCAUCAAAAAAUUCAUAGUGGAGAGAACUGAUACAAAUGUAAUGAGUUUGUCAAAAACUUUUAUUGCCUCUCAGCCCUCAUUCAACACCUGAGAACCCAUACAGGAGAUAAAUUGUAUUGGGAUGGCCAAAAGGUUCGCUUGGUUCUUCCGUAAGGUAACUCUGGUAGCACUUAGUUGUUUUUAACUUCAUUCAAAACAAUUUUGUUAGCUUGUAUGUGACAGUUGUCAUAUCAGUGUGCAUUUAAAAAAGGACUUAUCAAAAAUGGUGAAGUUUUGUGUAGCCAUUUUAAUAUCAAAGACGGAAGAAAAGAAAUUUUGCCAUAUUAUGCUUCAUUAUUUCAAGAAAGGUCAGAACACAGGAAAAGAUUUGUGCAUUGUAUGGAGAAGGUGCUGUGACUGAUCAAAGAUGUCAAAAGUGGGUUAUGAAGUUUCGUGCUGGAGAUUUCUUGCUGGAUGAUGGUCCUCAGUUGGUAGAUAAGUUGAAGUUGAUAGCAAUCAAAUCGAGACCUUAAUUGAUAACAGUCAGUGGUAUACCACGUGGGAGAUAGCCGACAUACACAAAAUAUUGAAAUCAGGCAUUGAAAAUCAUUUGCACCAGCGUGGUUAUGUGAAUUGCUUUGAUGUUUGGGUUCCACAUAAAUUAAGUGAAAAAACCUUGACCAUGUCUGCAUAUGAUUCUCUACUUAAACAUAAAACAUUCCAUUUUUAAAACAAAUUAUGAUGAGUGAUGAAAAGUGGAUACUGUGCAAUCAUGUGGAAUGGAGGAGAUUGUAGGGCGUGUGAAAUGAACCACACCAAAGGCUGCUUUUCAUCCUUCUUUGGAAGGAUGUUGUGUAUAUGAUGGGAUUGGAAGGGAGUCCUCUAUUAUGAGCUGCUUCCGGAAAACCAAACAAUUAAUUCCAACAAGUACUGCUCCAAAUUAGACCAACUGAAGGCAGCACUCGAUGAAAAGUGCCCAGAAUUAGUAAACAGAAAACGCAUCAUCUUCCAUCAGGAUAACACAAGACCACGUAUUUCUUUGAUGACCAGACAAAAAUUGUUACAGCUUGGCUGGGAAGUUCUGAUUCAUCUGACAUUGCAACUGUUGGUCUCCAUUUAUUUCCAUCUUUACAAAAUUCUCUUAAUGGAGAAAUUUCAAUUCCCUGAAAGACUGGAAAUUGAUAAGUCACCUGGAACAGUUCUUUGCUCAAAAAGAUAAAAAGUUUUGGGAAGGGGCUUCCUAGGUGGCGCAGUGGUUAAGAAUCUGCCUGCCAAUGCAGGGGACAUGGGUUCAAUCCCUGCUCCAGGAAGAUCUCACAUGCUGCGGAGCAACUAAGCCCAUGUGCCACAACUAUUGAGCCUGUGCUUUAGACCCCGUGAGCCACAACUGUUGAGCCCAUGUGCUGCAACUACUGAAGCCCAUGCACCUAGAGCCCAUGCUCCACAACAAGAGAAGCCACGGCAAUGAGGAGCCAGUGCACCACAAUGAAGAGUAGCCCCCACUCACCGCAACUAAAGAAAGCCCGCGCCCAGCAAAAAAGACCCAACACAGCCAAUAAAAUUAACUAAUUAAUUAAUUUAAAAAAAGUUUUGGGAAGGUGGAAUUAUGAAGUUUCCUGAAAAAUGGCAGGAGCUAGUGGAACAAAAGGGUGAAUAUUUGUUCAAUAAAGUUCUUGGUGAAAAUGAAAAAUGUGUCUUUUAUUUUUACUUCAAAACUGAAGGCACUUUUUGGCCAACCCAAUAUAAAUGUGGUGAAUGUGGUAAAGUCUACAGUUGCAAUUCCGACCUUGCAAUUCAUCAGAGAAUUCAUAAUGGAGAGAAAUCUUUCUAAGGUAAUGAGUGUUGAAUAUCCUUUACUGAGAUCUCAACCAACACUAUAAAUCAGGUAAUAAAUACAGAGGGGAAACCAUAUUAAUGUGAUAUAUGUGGGAAGAUCUUCCUUCAAAAUUGAUACUUUAGGGACUUCCCUGGUGGUGCAGUUGUUAAUAAUCCGCCUGUCAAUGCAGGGGACGCAGGUUUGAUCCCUGGUCCAGGAAGAUCCCACAUGCCACUGAGCAACUAAGCCCGCGUACCCUAACUACUGAGCCUGCACUCUAGAGGCCGCAAGCCACAACUACUGAGCCUACGUGCUGCAGCUCCUGAAGCCCAGCACCUAAAGCCAGUGCUCCCCAACAAGAGAUGCCACUGCAGUGAGAAGCCCAAGCACCACAAGGAAGAGUAGCCCCUGCUUGCCACAACUAGAGAAAGCCCGCACAGCAACAAAGACCCAACAAAACCAAAAAAAAAAAAAAAAAAAUCGAUACUUAAGGAACAUCCCUGGCGAUCCACUGCUUAAAACACAAAUGUAAUGUGUGUGGCAAGGAUUUUACCCAGAGAUCACAAGAUGGGACAUACUGGAGUGAUACCUUAUAAAUCAAAUGAGUGUGACAAAACCUUUCCUUGAGUUCAAGUAUUAGUUAACAGCAGAGUCCCUUGAAGAGAAACCCUUCACAUGUAUGAUCAGAGGUUUUAUCCAGGCCUCACAGUGCACUAGAUUUCUCAGCAUACAUGUUUGAUAGAAACCACACAAAGCAGUAUGUGUGCUAAGGCUUGUACCUGAAGAUCAGCACUAUGAAACAUAGAGGAUUUAUUUUGAAGAGCAAUGUUUCAAAUGUCAUGGAUGUAAAAAUUUUCAUCAGCUCUCCAAACCUUUGUUUUAAUGAGAACAUUCAUAUAGUUCAGAAACUAUAGAGACUUACUAAACAUGGAAAGAAAUUGACACAACAGUGCAUCCUCAAGGUUUACCAAAGAACUCAUAUUGGGAGGGAAUCCUUACAAAUGUAAUGAAUUAGGUAAAUUUUUUGAGCAAUUCUUACAGCAGACCACAUAUCAGAGAAUACGUACUAGGAAUAAAUGUCUUAUUUUUCAAAGGUAAAUGUGAGAUACUAUAUGCUGCAGAAUCACUGCAAGUGACAAUAUGUUAAAACGUAUGACAUGAUGUGUGUAGUACCAGAAGAAGAACAUUUGUGGAAAUAUGCUAAUAUCUGUCAGUGUAAAUAUUUAAUUAUUAGAGAUGUUUUGAAAAG